AUGCUGACUCUUCUCUCUUUGCUUCUGUUCCUCAGCCCAAUGGCAGUCCAACCCCAGGAACCACAUCUGGUACAGGUUACAGAGGGAGACAAUGCUGUAUUGCAGUGCCUCAAAGACCCUCCAGAGGGUCCUCCUGAGAACCUGACCUGGUAUCGUGAGGCCCAGACAACACCCUUCCUACGGCUGAACCAAGGGUUACUAGACCUGAGGGUGCAGAAGGGACCCCAGAGCAUCUGGCUGAUUAUCUCCAAUAUCUCAGAGCAGAUGGGGGGAUUCUACCAGUGCACUGGGAAUGCCUCUUCCAAACAGGCAUGGCGAUCUGGCUGGACAGUCAGCGUGAAGGGCAGUGGUGAACUGUUCCGGUGGAAUAUUUCAAACCUCCAUGACCCAAGAUGUGACCUGGGGAAUGGAUCUUCAGAGGGUGCCUUGCCCUCUUCUGGCCAUGCCACAAGUUUGUAUGUGUGGGACAAAGAUCAGCCCGUACCUGUAAAGACAGGGCCUACCUGUACCCCACAGAGACAUAGUUCAAACCAGAGCCAAGACCUCACCGUGGCACCUGGCUCCACACUCUGGCUGCCCUGUGUGAUGCCCCAAGCCUCUGGGACCAGAAGCCCCAUCUCCUGGACCCGUGUACAUCCCAAGAAGUCUAAACUUUCAUUGCUGAGCCUGACUGUUGGAGAGGAUGAUACUGACAUGGAGAAGUGGGUGCUAGUCACUGUCCGAGGAGGAGCCGUACUCUCACUGCCCCAGGCCAGUGCCCGACACACCGGCACCUACCACUGCAACUUUGGCAAUGAGACCAUCAGGAUGCAACUGAAUGUCACAGCCCAGUCAGCAGUGUGGCACUGGCUGCUGAAGACAGGAGGCUGGAAAGUCCCUGCGGUGACUUUGAUUUAUUUGAUCUUCUGCUUGGGUUCCCUGGUGAGCUUUCUUCAUCUUCGCAAAGCUCUGAUCCUGAGGAGGAAAAGAAAGCGAAUGACGGAUCCCGCCAGAAGGUUCUUCAAAGUGACGCCUCCGACGGGAAACGGGGCCCAGAACCAGUACGGGAACGUGCUGUCCCUUUCCACGCCCUCUUCCGCCACGGGACGCGCUCUUCGGUGGGCUGCAGGCCUGGGAGUCGCCGUACCGCACUAUGUCCAGGAGGCCGGCGGCGCGGGGUCGCGGAGCCCGCCAGCGGCGGGCCCAGAUGAGGAAGGGGAGGCCUAUGAGGAGCCGGACAGCGAGGAGGGGUCCGAGUUCUAUGAAAACGACUCGAACCUUGGGCCAGACCAGCUGUCCCGGGAUGGCAGUGGCUACGAGCACCCCGAGGAUGAGGCGCAGGAGCCUGAGUAUGAAGACUCCUUCUCCAAUGCAGCUGAUUCUUAUGAGAAUGAGGAUGAAUCGCUGAGCCAGCCGGUGGCCAGGACUAUGGACUUCCUGAGCCCCCCUGGGCCAGGCUGGGAUGCCAGCCGGGAGGCAACCUCCCUUGGGUCCCAGUCCUAUGAGGAUAUGAGAGGGAUCCUGUAUGCAGCCCCCCAACUUCGCUCCCCCUGGGGCCAGCCUGGUCCCAAUCGUGAGGAAGAUGCUGACUCUUAUGAGAACAUGGAUAAUUCCGAUGAGCCUGGACCAGCCUGGUCAGGGGGAGGCCACACGGGCACCUGGAGUACUAGGUGA